AAUGGAAAAGAUGGAUGGCGAUGAAGAAAUGUGUCCAGAAUUUACUUCGUCAUGGAGGCAAAUUAAAUUUUACGAAAAUAAGCAUGGUUAUAACACAACUUCGAAAUACUUGGUCCCAUUCCCCAACAAAUCACAUCAACCUUGAAGGGCAGGUUCGCACAUUUCUUCAGUACGGCACCAAGAAGCGGUAUUUCACCGUUCAUGCAUUCACGGCGUUGAUGGGCUGCACAUGGUGUGUGUGUUCUCAAGAAAAUAAUUUGGCACCAGCCGUGGUUGUGAAAAUCGGAGGUCAAGAGGAAGAUGACGUUGACGACAAAGAUAUAGACUAUUUCUACUUCCCUGGCUGCUGCAAAUGUGUCAAUAUCUGAUAAAUUACUUUUGUCAAAAAAGUGUUGUCGAUAUAAGGAUUUAACAUGGACUAUUGUUUUUUGAUGCCUGUUUCGCAAAGAUAAAUGAAAAAUGAUA